GGGAAAAUUUGAACCACAAUUCCAUUCGUAAAAGAAAAUGGAUUCUUACAUAGUGCUUAUUUGUCAGUAGUUAUAGACUGAGAGGAAGAUGGAUAACAUCAAAGUUGCCAUUCGUGUGCGGCCCCUCAUAGGAAGGGAGACCGGGAUGGUGGACCAUUGGACUGUACAUGAGGACACCAUCAAGCCAACAGAGGCAGUAGGAAAGCUGGGGACACCUUAUACAUUUGACCGUAUAUUUGAUGAAUUGAUGACAACCUAUGACAUCUUUGAGGAAGUAUGUAAACCGAUAAUUGCGGAUGCUGUACAGGGAUUUAAUGGAACAAUAUUUGCCUAUGGUCAGAGUUCCUCAGGGAAGACGUUCACUAUGUCCGGGAGUGCUAUGCAGAAAGGAAUUAUCACACUAUCUGUGGAGGAAAUAUUUGCCAUAAUAGAGGCUUCACACCAUCGGGAGUUCCUGAUACGUGUGGCCUACAUGGAAAUCUACAAUGAGAAGGUGACCGACCUGCUGUCCUCCGAGGAGAAAGUUAUUAAGAUACAAGAGGAUCAGGAAAAGAACAUCCAAGUAACAGGUGUAAAGGAAGAAUUAGUGAGUAACAGUAACGACGUGCUAGCCAUCAUACAGAAGGGCGACAACCGACGUCAUAUGGCAGAAACCAAACAAAAUGACCGCAGUUCUCGAUCCCAUUGUAUCAUACGUAUUAUCAUUGAGAGCAGAGAAAAAGGGGACGAACAAGCGGUCAUGGUAGCUCAUUUGAACUUUGUAGACCUUGCUGGUUCAGAAAAAGCUGGAGAAAACUCUGGAGAUCGUCUUCGUGAAGGCUGCUCUAUCAACAAAAGUCUUCUCAUACUUGGACAAGUCAUAAGCAAACUCAGUGAUGGAGUGAGCAACCAACAUAUAAGUUACCGUGACUCUAAAUUAACCAGGAUAUUGCAAGUCUCGCUAGGAGGGAAUUCCAAAACAGCCAUAAUUGCCACCAUCACACCUGCUUCCUUAGAGGAAUCCCACAGUACACUCAGGUUUGCAUCACAAGCCAAAAAAAUCAAGAACAAGGCCAUGGCAAACGAGGUUCUGUCGGAGGCAGCUAUGCUGAAGAAAUACCAGAAAGAGAUUCACCACCAGCAACAAGUAAAUGAGCUUGGGAAGAUUGAAAACCAGGACCUAAAGAAAAGUCUGGAGCAGAUGGAAACACAGAUAAACAAGCUGAAAAAAUUUAUUAUCCAGUCAGGCCCCACACAAAGUCAAGCCAAGAGAAAAAGAAGAGAGACUUGGUGUCCUGGUAAAAACAAGAGAAUGAGCAUCUUCAGACCGUCUGUUUCCUUCGCAGUUGAGGAGGACAUAUUCCUGUCAGAGAUGCCUCCUAUGGAUGACCUGCCUGAAUCCAAUGAAGAAGACGCUUUAAUGAGACCUGCAAACAUAACAACAAGAAAGAGAUCAUUUGAACAAACCAAGAGGCAAGAGGCAAGAUCGAUGAUCAGCAUGAGUCCUGAUGCCAAAACCAAGCAACUGAUGGAACUGGAAGACAAAUAUGAAGAUCUGCUGAAAGAACACACCCGGCUACAGACAGAGUUCAAUGAUUUGUCAACCUUCCAUAAUCUGGAGCGCGAAACACUAGAGGAAAAUAUUGCAGAAUUGCAUGGUGAGAAGGAGAUAAUCAAGCAUGAAUGCACAAAGUUGUCAGAUGAAGUCAUCCAGACAGAACACAAGCUGAAUAUACAGACUCGGAGGAUGACAGACUUUCAGGGUGAACUGGAGAACUACCGGAAGUCGGGAUCUAUGGAUAACGCAGACACAAACUUGUCAGCGCUACAGCAGGAAUGUGAGCAGUUGAAAGAGACUAUUAGACAACUUAAGGAGGAAAUGACUUCUUCUAAAACAGAUUCAAUAGAAUCUACAGAGGCCAUGGAAAAACUACAGGAGGAAUGUUCUGUUCUCAAACAGCAGGUAGAGAAACUUGAAACUGAGAAGUCAGAGUUGGCAGAAGGGGCAGAGACAGAGCAUGACAAAAUGGCCACACUAGAGAAGGAAUAUACAUUGCUUCAGAGCACUGCGAAGGAUUUGAUUGAGGAACGACUCGGUAUGCAAGAAGCAUUAACCGGUUUUGGACUCAAAAUUGAACAGCUACCAAUUCUGAAGGACAAAUUUGAGGAACUUAUACAAGAAAAGGAAUCUCUUUUAAUGGAGGUUAAUUCAUUGAAAGAGGAAGAGAAAACACCAGAAAUUCAAGACGAAGAGUUGCAGAAUCUCAAAGAGACUACAAGCAAUUUGCAGCAAAAGCUUCAAGAGGCAGAAGAAGAGAAAAUGUUGUUGAUUUCAAAAGUGGAUGCUUUACACAGCGAAUGCCAGCUUAAACCAACAGAAAAUGGAUUGACUGAGAUGGAGGAGGAAUGUAGAAGGCUGAGGGAGACUGUUAGAGAGCUGGAGGAAGGAAAAACUGAGGCAGCUGGUUGCAAUGAUGCCAUGACAAAAUUAAUGGAAGAAUGCUCUGCACUGAAACUUCAAAUUGAGAAUCUGGAAUCUGAGAGAACUGAAUCAGUGAAAGGAACUGAAAAUGACAAGGUCGCUACGCUGGAAGAGGAAUGUGAAAGACUCCGAGCCCAAGUGAAGGAUUUGGACGAUGAACGUCUCAACAUGCAGGAUGAAUUGACAGAAGCUGGGAUUAAUCUUGAGCAACUUCCAACUAUAAAGGAGAAAUGUGAGGAACUUGUGCAAGAAAAGGAAUCGCUUCUGACUGAAAUUUCUUCAUUGAAGGAGAAUGGUAAUGCAGAGCUAGAAAUGCAGGAGGUUGAGAUGCAGAUGAUCAGAGAAAAAGUGGGCAUUUUACAAGAACAACUUGAAUUGGCAGAAGGACAAAAGAGAGAAUUAAUUUCAAAAAUGGAAAACCUAGAAAGUGUGAGUCAGGAAAAACCAACAGAAAAUGCCAUGGCUACACUGCAGGAGGAAUGUGAUGUUCUCAGAAUUACAGUGAAUGAAAUGGCAGAGGAAAGGCUGAGUAUGCAGGCCGAAUUGAAAGAUGUUGGACUACAAAUUGAACAACUGCCCAUUCUGAAAGAGAAAUAUGAAGAACUUGCACAAGAAAAGGAAUCACUAGUUACUGAAAUCUUGUCAUUAAAACAAGGAGGAAAGACAGAUAUUGAAAUUCAUGUAUCAGAAUUGCAGAAUCUUCAAGAGAAAGCCAGAAGUUUGGAGGAAAAGCUGGAACAGGCUGAAGAAGAGAAAGUUAAUUUGAUUUCCAAGAUGGAGAACUUCAAUAGUGAACACCAUGGUAAAACAGCUGACAGUUCAGUGUCUGUGUUAGAAGAGGAAUGUGAAAGGUUGAAGGAGACAAUAAGACGACUUGAAGUAGAAAAAAUGUCUAUAGUGUCAGGGGAUACUGUAAUUGAUAGUACCAUGGAGACAUUGCAGGAAGAAUGUUCUGUUCUGAAGCUUCAGAUAGAGAGACUUGAGGCGGAAAGGGCCAAGGCAGCUGAAGGAACGGAGACUGAAAGUAACAAGAUGGCUAUACUUGAGGAAGAAUGUGAAAUACUCCGAGCCACUGUGAAGGAUUUGGCUGAUGAACGUCUCAAUAUGCAGGAUGAAUUGACAGAGGCCGGUGAUAAACUUGAGCAGUUCCCCAUUCUGAAGGAGAAAUGCGAGGAACUUGCACAGAAAAAUGAUAUGCUUUCUGCAGAAAUUACUUUAAUUAGGGAAGGAAAAACAGGAUCAGAAAUACAAGAGGUAGAGUUACAGAUUCUCAGAGAGAAAGCCAACAGUUUUCAAGAGGAUCUUGAAUUAGCAAAAGAAGAAAAAAGUAAUUUGUUAUCAAGAUUGGAGACUUUGCAAAAUGAAUGUGAGAAAAAACCAGUGGACAGUGCAAUGGCUUCACUUGAGGAGGAAUGUGGAGUCCUCAGAGCCACUAUGAAGGAUUUGGCAGACGAACGCCUCAAUAUGCAGGAUGAAUUGGCAAACGUUGGUCUAAAACUUGAACAACUGCCAAUUCUAAAGGAGAAAUAUGAGGAACUUGUGCAAGAAAAGGAAUCACUUCUGACAGAAAUUUCUUCAUUGAAGGAAAAAGAUAACGUAGAACCAGGAAUGCAGGAGGUUGAGAUGCAGAUUCUCAGAGAAAAAGGCAGCAAAUUACAAGAAGAACUUGAACUGGCAGAAGAGGAAAAAAUGCAGAUGAUUUCAAGAAUGGAAGCCUUACAGCAAAAUGAGUGUCAAGGAGAAACUGUGGAGGAAUGUGAAAGAUUGAGAGAGGUCAUUAAGCAGCUGGAGGAGGAAAAAUUAACUUCUAAAACAGAGGCUGCUAACUCAAGUGAUGCCUUGCAAAAAUUACAAGACGAAUAUUCAAUACUCAAACUUCAAAUAGAGAAAGAUGAAGAGGAGAGAUUUAAGACGGUAGAAGGAACCGACAAUGAAAAGACGAAGAUAGCUACACUAGAGGAUGAAUGUGAAGUGCUUCGAGCCACUGUGAAAGACUUAGCUGAUGAAUGUCUUGGUAUGCAAGAAAAAAUGACUGAUGUUGAACAGCUGACAAAUCUGAAGGAGAAAUGUGAAGAGCUUACACAAGAAAAAGCAGACCUAUUAAAGGAAAUCUCCUCAUUGAAGGAAGAAGGAAAAACAGAAAUCGAAAUUAAGGAGUUAGAGCUGCACAAUCUUAAAGAGAAAACCUGUAGAUUGGAGGAUCAACUGAAACUUGUGGAAGAAGAAAAAGGUCAAUUGAUUUCAAAAGUGGAGGACUUACAAAUCGAGUGCCAAGAGAAAACAGCAGAAAAUGGAAUGGCUGAGAUGGAGGAGGAAUGUAGAAGGCUGAGGGAGACUGUUAGAGAUCUGGAGGAAGGAAGAACCGAGGCAGCUGGUUCAAACGAUGUCAUUGAUAAAUUAAUGGAAGAAUGUUCUACACUGAAACUUCAGAUAGAGAAUCUUGAGGCUGAGAGAGCUAGGACAGCUGAAGGAACAGAGACUGACAGUAGUAAGGUCGCGACAUUGGAAGAAGAAUGUGAAGUCCUCAGAGCAACAGUGAAGGAUUUGGCCGAUGAACGUCUCAACAUGCAGGAUGAAUUGACAGAAGCUGGAGUUAAUCUUGAGCAACUUCCAAUUCUAAAGGGAAAAUGUGAGGAACUUGUUCAAGAAAAGGAAUCGCUUCUGACGGAAAUCUCUUCAUUGAAGGAGAAUGGUAACUCAGAACCAGAAAUGCAAGAGGUUGAGAUGCAGAUUCUCAGAGAAAAAGUCAACAAAUUACAAGAAGAACUUGAAUUGGCAGAAGAAGAAAAGAUGCAAGUGGUUUCAAAAAUGGAAGCCUUACAAAAUGAAUGUCAGGAAAAACAUACGCCCAGUGAAAUGAGUAAGUUGGAAGAGGAGUGUGAAGUUCUUCGGGCCACUGUGAAAGAUUUAGCUGAUGAACGCCUUAAUAUGCAGGAUGAAUUGACAGAGAUUGGACUCAAAAUUGAACAACUGCCAAUUCUGACAGAAAAAUGUGAGAAAUUGGAACAAACAAACAAUUCGUUAAUUGAAGAAAAUUCCCAUUUAAAAGACAAAAAAUUGUCCCUUGAGGAACAAUUAACGGAGAAUUCUUUCAGUUUGAAACAAAAAUUAGAAGAGGUUUUAGACGAGAAAGAGCAUUUGAAUUCUCAGCUGGAAGCUUUAAAAAUGGACGUUCAAACAAAGCAAGCAUUAGAGGAAGAAUGUGAAGUGCUCAGGGUUAAGGUGAAGGCUUUAAACAAUGAACAUGCCAUUAUGCAAGAUGAAAUUAAUGAUCUAGGACUCAAAGCUGAACAGCUGCCUGUUCUAAAGGCAAAGUGUGAGGAACUUGUGCAAGAAAAGCAAUCAUUUUUGACAGAAAUAUCUUUGUUGAGAGAGGAUAAUACAGAAAUCGAAAGACAAUCAGUAGAGGUUGGAAAUCUGCAGGAGAAAGUCAGUGGUUUGCAACUUCAACUGGAACAGCGUGAAAAGGAGGUGAAUCAACUAAGCUCCGAAUUACAGGACUUAGAAUUGGAACGACAGACGAAAACAGCUGCAUUCGAAAAGUUUAAAAGUAAUUACGAAUUAAUUGCAAUGGAAAAGAAAGAUUUGGAUGAAAAAGUACAGCAUUUAGGGAAAGAACUUGCAGAGAGAAUCAGUCAACAGAAUGAAGAAAGUGGUCGUGUUUGUGUCAUGCUGGAAGAGAUGAAUGAAAUGCAGAAGAAUGUAGCUCGAUCUGAGAAAGAGAAGAACGAAAUGGAGAUGAAACUCGAGGAAACCCUUAAUGAACUACAGUUGAAAUGUCGCAUGAAUGAGGAGACGAUGCAGUACCAGCGGGAGAUGGCUCGACUACAGGAGGACAAAUCCCAGCUGAGCUCUGAACUUGAGAUGCUAAAACAAUCACUUAGUGAUUAUGACAGUCCCGAUUCUAUGAAAUCCCAGAUAGAACAGUUGAAAUCACAAAUUAAAAAGUUGUCUUCUGUCGAAAUACAAAAGCAAGAAUGUGAGGACGCACUUUGUUUAAAAGAAAAAGAAUUGGAACAACUUAAAGCUCAGAUGUCGACAAUGAAGGACCAGUUGGAGGCAGAAUCUUCAUGUCAACAAAGCGUGUCACACUUUUCUGACAUGAACUCUUCGGCACCUUGGGAAGAUGAGAAAAUAGAAUUAUUGAAGAAAAUUGAUGUCUUGAAGAUUGAGAGAGUCAAGCAUGCUCGUCUGAUGUCAGAAGUUAACAAAUUGAAGGAGGACAAAAAGACGCUAAUUUCCAUCUGCGAAGAUCUAGAAAAGCAACAAGAGAAGGCUGUGGAUGAGUGCGAGAUGGGGAAGAAGCUGAAGGCAGCAGAAACAGAUGCAGACAAAUACUAUGAAUUAUACAACAGUAAUCAGAGUAGAAUUGAAGAGCUGGAGAAUACGCUAGGCAAAACUCAGACAGACAUGGACAACAUGAAGACACAUAUCCUCGAAACAGAAAAAAAACUAACAGAAAUGCAACAGACCACUACGAAACAGUGGGAAGAGAUUGGAGAGAAAAAGAUGGAAAUUUUCUCCCAGAAUCAAACCAUUGAGAAAUUUGAAGCCAAAAAACACAAACUGGUGCAACAAUAUGAAGAAACAAUUGAGAUGAAAGACAACAGGAUCAAGAAACUUCAGGUGGAGAUAAGGCGGAGAGAUGCAGAGACAUCAUAUAUGGAACCAUCGUCCAAGGCCGAAAAGGGGGACAACUCUUCAUCAAAGGAGAAUGUGCCCGGGGGUAUUGUUGACCAGUACAAUAUGUUUAUGUUAGAGGCGAAGAAUCUGCGUCUUGAGAGGGAAGUCACAAAAUUGAAGAAUAAGGUUAAGGGUUUAGAGGACAACCCGAUCACCAAACCUUGUAGCUGUCCCUACCAGGAAAUCAAAGCCAGACUUGAACAGGAGAGUGAGGAAAAGCAGAGAAUCCAGCAGGAGUACAAUGAACUGAAGAAAAAACAUAUAGUAAAAAUUGGCAGUAGAGAAAUUGAUACAAGUAAAAUUAACAUUCCUGAUGUAAAGGUUCCAACAGUUAACCCUGAGCCGACGGAAUUCUCUCGUCAUGAAGACAGAAUACUCUCUGAAAGUAAACGCAGACCCCACACAAACUACCCGAAGACACCAUUCUCAGACAAUGAAUGCAAACAACAAUAGCAUGCUUAAGUUAGGUUGGCCUAUCCAAGGGUCAAAUAUUGACGGACAAUUAUCAUAAAUGUACAGAAAUGACUUUAAAUGAAAGAUUCCCUAGGGAUGAAUGUUUUAGGUUGAUCUCUGUGAUAAAAACUUUUUAAGUGUUGAUCUCGGACUCUUCACUCCUUGAUGUGUCUAUCUUUUUCUCUUGUCUGUCCCUCUGUAUUUCAUCCCUGAAUACGAUGAAAUAAUUAUUUAUCUACGUUUUGUACUUGGUUAAUUGUGGGAUUAUGGGUCAUUGUUUGGCUCCAGAUGAAUGUGUGUAGAAGAAUGCUUGUAAACAAGGGAGAAAUAAUUGAACGUGUCAGUGAAUGUUUGUUAUUGUUUGAAAAGCUGAGAGGUACUUAAGUAUUUAUGAUUGUUAGAUAUUAGUACAUAGGAGUUUUACUUGUGUAUUAUACCAGGGUGUUCUGAAUUUCUGAAAGACAUUAAUUGAUCCUUCUGGACUGAAGAUAAGGAUACCAUCAAUUUUAAAUUCUUUUGAGGACAAAAUCUUAUGAUUUAUUGCCUGAUAUAUACAAUUGUACUUUCAAUAUUGAUGCAGAGCUUAGUUCGCUGAUGAAUCGAUGGAAUUGGACUUUGAUAUUGUGUGAAUGGGUUUUUAAGAGGAAAAUAUGCGUAAAAGGGUACUGUGAAUUCUAAAGAUAUUUGUUUUACAGAAGUAACUAUGAAAAAAAUGGAAUUAUUUAAGUUAUGUGUUUAUCAUGCAAUUAUGAAUUUAAAAUGUUGAGCUAUUUUGAAAGGGAAUCAAAAUAUAUGCAUUUAUUCUAAUACUCCAAUUAGUUGUUAAUUAGUUAAAAUGAGAGAUCUGAUUAUAAUUAGAUUGUCAGUCGAUGUGAUGUAUUUAACACUCUGCUAGGGUAAGUAUUAAGCUGUAUCAGGUUUGUGAUCGAGGUCACUACUACAAACUCUUCUACAAAACCAGGAACUGAUACAGGAUUCCUUGUACAUGCUGCUCACAAUAUAUUUGAUAUAGAUAAAUAUUAAAAUAUUUUGUACAAACAUCUGUCUGAUUGCUCCUUCGUAUUUAUAUUUUCUAAAUUUUUGGUACAUAAAAGCACCCCAAACCAAACACACAAGAACUCUCUCUGGUCCCAAGUAAGUAGGUAGGGUUAGGGUUAGCUUUUUUCAAUACAUAUAUGGCAUGUUAAUGGUAUAAAUGUUAAGAUAAUCCUAGAUUACUGACCUUUAAGGAAGGUAGACACUUCAGAAUUUUUACCAAUGAUGUCGCAGAAAAGCAUUAAUAUCGUGAC